AACGACGCAAGGCUUACGGGACAGGUUAUUUCGGUUGGAUUGUGGGGCGGUAUAUAAAAACCGAACGUAUUAUCUCAUCUUCAUUCGAGUUCGAUUCUUCGUUCUAGUCGCAACACUAGGUUUUUUUUUGUUCCAGCAGACAAUGCGCGCUAUUGUGUUAUUCUCCGCCUGUCUGGCGCUUGCUUCCGCCGACAUUGGCCUGAAGCUGCGUCAAGCUGCUGCCGCCAGUGGACAGGGCCUGUCUAGCUACGAUGUUGGCCAGGGUUCCGUAUCGGUUGACUACUCUCCCAGCAGCUUCGAUCAGACCGUUGUAGGAGGUGCCAGUGCUUCGAGCGCUGCUGAUGCUCGUUCUGGAUUCGGAGGAGCUGGAUUCGGUGGAGCCGUCUCCGGUGCAAACGCCAAUGCCUUCGGUGCUUCCAAUGCCUUCGGUGGUGGUGCUCAAUACGAUGCUGGAUUCCAGGCCGGACUUGCCGCUGGACGUGCUGCCCUAGCAUCCUCAAGUGCUAACGCCAACGCUGGAUCGUUCACUGGUGGAUUCGGUGGAGCCGGUGCUAAUGCUGGAGCUGGUGCUUUCGGUUCUUCUGGAGCUGGUGCUUUCGGUGGUGCUGGUGCUGGUGCCUCUGCCAAGGCUUCUGCCGGUGCUGGAGUUCGUUACAUCACCAAGCCAGAAAUCGUCAAGAAGCACUUCUACUACCACGUUGCCCCUGAAGCCGAGGCUGAAGCCGAAGCCGAAGCUCGCGUUGAAAUCCAACCCCAGACUCACUACAAGGUUCUGUUCAUCAAAGCCCCAUCUGUGUCCGCCGCCGCCGCUGCCCGUGCCGCCGCUCGUACCCGCACCCAGGAGAAGACCAUCGUCUACGUUUUGGUCAACAAGCCAGAAGCCGGAGCCAACUCCGCUGCCGAUGCCGCCGUCGAUACCUACGCCAGUGCCAAGCCAGAGGUCUACUUCAUCAAAUACCAGGGCAAGAACGCUGGAGCUGGAGCUGGAGCUGGUGCUACUGCUGGUGCUUCUGCUGGUGCUAACGCCGGUGCUUCCGCUGAUGCUUUCGGUGCUGCCAACGCUGGAGCUUCUGGAUUCGAUGGAGCCUCUUUCCUGUCCGGUGCUAAUGCUGAUGCUGCUGCCUCUGCUUUCGGUGGUGCCUCUGCUUUCGGUGGUGCUUCGUCUGGAGCUUCCUCGUUCGAUGCCAGCAGCGGUGGAACUACCUUCGGUAGCACUCCAACCUUCCUGGGUGGUGCUGAUGCCUCUGCUUCAAGCGGUUCCUUCGCUGGCGUGAGAACCGAUGCCGUCGAUUCUUCGUCUGUCGGUGAUGCUGGAUACACUGCUGGAUUCACCGCUGGUGCUGCCGCCGCCGGAGCUUCCUCUUCGUCCUCGUCGUUCGAUGGUUCCUUCUAAACACGGACUUAGAUACCCAAGCCAAUGCCCCAAAUGAGAAUUGACCGAUCAGUGGAAGAAUGACACAGGGAAUCUUAGGGAUGAAUAAAAUAGGUUUAUUUUUCUUUAGGAUCUUCGACGAACAAUGCGCGAAUGCGAGAACGAGUGAGAGCUAGCGAGAGAUGAAACAAGAAUCAUGUUCCAAAUACGACUGCCAUAAUAGCUAUAUGUUAGGCAAAGAACAAGCUAUAGAGAGAAAGACGCCAACUUUGUACCAUAAAUAAGCCUUGUGAGAUUAAUUUUAACUAAUGACCUGCAAAAUAUAAAUUGUAAAUUUGAAA